AGCAAUGGAGCUUCCACCACUUGAAAUGGAUGAAUAUGAAAAAGAGCACCAAAGAAGAUGUGCAGAUUCCUACAGAAGCAACUCCUGCUGUGAUAACAGAGCCUUCAAAACCUACAAGACCUGUAAAACCUUCAGCACCAUUAGAAGAAGGUCCUGAAGUUACACCUGCAGUUGGAGUAAAGCCUGCAAGAGUGAGAGCUAGGAAACGUAGAGAACCUUCUAGUGAGUUUGAACUGGAGGAACUGGAACCAGUUGUCCAAAGACCUAAGCGACCACGACGACGUCUGUAUGAUUUGAACAUCACAAUCUCUAGAGAAGAAAUGCGUUCAGGAAUGGCCACAGCAAAUGAAAGGCUUACUCAUCCUAUUGAACUACCUCUUCUUCAAGAAACACCUCAAGAAAUGUUUGCUCGUCCUGGUUCUUAUAUAGGUUCUGAAAUACUCCUUCGUUUCUGGAAAAACUUAAAAACUCAAACUGAGUCCAAAGACCCUGCUGCUCCAGGGACAUACAUUGUCAGAGAGGAGAGCUCUCCCAGUGAAGAAUCAGAACAAGGGAUUCCAAGAGCAGAAGAGCCCACUGGUUUGAAAGAACCAGCCAUCUCUUUGGAGGAGAUGGCACUAGAAGUAGAAAGACUGCGUGAAAGAUCCGCACAAGAAGAUAGCAGUUUACUGAAAACACCAGCAUCACUUCAAGAUAUCACAGUGAUAACAGAAGCACAGGAUAUUUCAGGAAAAACCCCAACUGAACAAAUUAGUCCAGAAGCAUUUGCAGAAGUUCCAUUCAUGCUUCCCAUAGCUGAAGAAAUGGAAUCACAGCUAGAAAAAGAGCCAGAACCAGUUGAGAAGACUUUACCACUGCAACCAGAACCAAUUUGUGAAGUCUCACCUCCACGUACUCCUCCCCCACCUUCCCCAUCACCUGAACGUUCACCAAGUCCAUCAAAGGAGAAACUUAAAUUAAUAUUGCAGCAAGCCAUGACAGUGACCAAAACACCAGGUGUGAUCACUUUCAAAGCUUUAAUUUCACCGAAGAUCAACUCUCGUCUUUAUGCUAGCAAUACAUUUUACAAACUUUUGGAAUUUCACAAGAUUGGAGUUGUUCACCUGAAACAGGAAUUUCCUUAUGGAGAUAUAUUUAUCAUUCAACUUUAUUGAUUUUCCUCACCAAAGUAGCUUCUGUUGUUCAGAUUCUUGAGGAAAGUGACUGCUUGUCAUCAUACUUGAGAAGUAUGUAGUUGAUGUAACUGGAUCAGAGUUCAGGUGCUAGAAGUUGUACUUUUAAGCUAUCAACAUUACUAUAACUACUCAUUGUUAUGUGAGCCUUUUGAAGAUUUCUUCUAACUCUUUUUGUUAUAAAUUAUGUUAGUUUUAUAGAUAAGCAGAUGGUUCUAUCUUAAACAAUGUUUACACUGUAAGAUCAUAAUUAAUUCUUGUUUAUCUCAAAUAUUCCUAAAACAAUUUGUUAUUUGAUCAACAAGUAUUAAUAAUUUUUCCCCAAAAAUAUUUAUGUCAAGUCCUAGAUAAUAUUAUUAUAAAAAUAAAACUAUCUGAAUGUGGUCACAGUUUAUACAGUACUGUGUUACUGAACAAGUGAAUGAGAAACAGGACUUAAACAAGUUAAGCUUGCUAAUGCAGUGUUCUGUUUAUGUGGCACAUCUGUACAGAUGUCUUACAGGUGUAGUUUUUUUUAUAUUCAAAGACAGUGGUUUGUACUGAAUUAACAAUUAUGUAACAUAUGGUUCUCUUUAAAAAAAAUUAAUUUUUUUGUUCCUACAAUUUUGAAUACAUCUUAUACUUGAGAUUUCAUUUUUUUAACAGCUAAGGUUGAAUUUCCAAGAGGAGGAUUUAAUUAAUUGGAAUGUAUCCUGUGUUGUUGUUUUUUUACCUUAUAGAUUAAAUUUGUAACAGGUAUGAUGUACAAUGACAUAAAAUACUGCCUCUUUUGUAUUCAUUAUUGUUAAAAAUAUAUUUGAGUUGUAUUUAUUUGAUUAUACAACAGCAGUUUUGGUAAACGUAUUUGCAGAUUUCAUGUUUUUUUAUUUAGAUGUAUUCUUUUAUGUAAUAAAACUCAGGGGUUCAUAUAGUUUCAGAAUAAAUUAGAAUUUAAGAUCCUUCAGGAAAAAAAAUGAAUUUAAUUUUCCAGUUUUUUUAAUCAACUAUAGAAUUUUUA